GUGUGUGUGUGUGUGUGUGUGUGUGUGUGUGUGUGUGUGUGUGUGUGUGUGUGUGUGUGUGUGUCACUAUGAGUCUGGUCUCGGGCUUCCCUCACCACCCGGUCAUGCACCACCACGACAGCCACCACUACUCCUUGCAUGCGGCGGCUGCGGGACGGUGUCACGAGGACACCGGGGCUCCUCCGUACUUUACCAGCUGGUUGAUAAGCCAUGCGGAUAUGUCCCCCACCGAGUACAGCCUCGCGCCCGGCUACAGCCCCGAGUACCAUGGCAACAGCGGUAGCGGGUCCACCGGCGGCCUGGAUCCGCACCAUCACCACCACCACCACUACGGACCCAGUGGCUUGGUCCCGGGAGCUGGCACCAUCUCAGUGAACGGAGCACCGGUCGGUAUGCACCACCACACACACCCUCGGCCCGUGAAGCGGAGACCCACGGCCAACCGUAAGGAGAGGCGGCGGACCCAAAGCAUCAACUCGGCCUUCGCGGAGCUCAGGGAGUGUAUCCCAAACGUCCCGGCCGACACCAAACUGUCCAAGAUCAAGACGCUGCGGUUGGCCACCAGCUACAUCUCCUACCUGAUGGACAUCUUGGACAAGGACGGACAACACGGAGACACGCAGGCUUUCAAGGCCGAGCUGAAAAAGACGGAGGCUCGGGAGGAACGGAGGAAGAGAGAAGCGGUGGAGAUCCCUAAAACAACUACAUCUACAUCAUCAUCAUCAUCCUCCUCAUCGUCAUCCUCAACGUCAGCGGGGGAUAAGAAGACUAAAGGACGGACAGGAUGGCCUCAACAUGUCUGGGCUCUGGAACUCAAACAGUAGCGGCUCUCUCCUUUCCUGCAGGCCGAUUGCACUCUCUCUCCUCCCGGCUCUGUCCUCGGGGAG